GAAAAGUCAAGAGAAGCUCGAUUGUAGCUUCGUAAUCCCUCGGUAGAUAACUUAAGAAUUGUUUGGCGGAAUCAGUCAGCUGUCAGUUCCUUAUCAUUCGCAUUCCGUGAUGAUAGUCACCUAGGCAGGACAGGAACAUUAAUCAAAGAGAGCACUACAAGAGGAUGGGAUGAUGGUAUAAAAUUGCACUAUUAUGCUAAGGUGAUCUAUUUCGAUCCAAUAUCAUUAUGCAGUUUAGAUACCAACACAGGCAACUCAGUCAGUGAGAAGAAUGGCUGUCAAUACUCACAUUUUUUCAGCCAUGAAAAGAAAGGAUGUAGAGAGGGCUUCUAUGUUACUGCUAACACCAGGAUAUGAUGUGAACACGGUGUCAAAAGCUGGCACCCCCCUUAUAUACGCAACAAAAAUGGGCCUUCUUCCCGUGAUGGAGAAGCUUAUAAGUCUUGGAGCCAAUGUAAACUGCCUGGACAGCAAUAAAAGAACAGUUCUUCAUUAUGCAUGUGAGCAUCACGGUCCAAGGGAGAUAAUCAAACUCCUCAUCAAAGCUGGAUGUGAUAUGUACAAGGGUAAUUCUGAUGGAGAUUUGCCCAUCCAUGUGGCAGCCACCAUUGGUCACACUGAGGCUGUAGAGGAGCUGCUAAUCGCCGGAAUGGACAUCAAUGCUCUGAACACUAUCACUGAACAUACACCUCUAGAGCUGGCAGUGUGUUAUGAACAAGUUCAAAUGGUGGAAUUCCUACUGGACAAAAAAGCCAAACUGGUUGUACCAUCGAGGAAGACAAUGGGAGAUACUGCCCUGCACCAAGCAUCUCAGAUGGGAAAUGUGGCCCUGAUUGAGACUUUACUGAAGUAUGGAGCAGAUAUCAACCAGAUGAACGCCAACGGUGAAACUCCAUUCUUAGCAGCUGUGACAGACAAUAAACUAACGUCCGUGAAAGCUUUAAUACAAGCCAACUGUGAUUUCAACAAAUACAGAUAUACUUCACCCCUGUCUCUCGGCUGCCUUGGAAACAAACAUGAAAUCAUUAAAUAUCUGCUGUCAGAAGGAUACAAUGUUUCAGCAGACGAGAGUUUUAAGGAGAUUUUAACAGUUAGACUGGAGGAAACUGCUCCAUUAUUGCUGGAACUAAUCCAUUAUAAGGGUGCCAAUCCAGCCACAUUGAAGGAGGCGUGUCGAUUCAAGUUACGCAGGAUUUUAGGUCGGAGAUUAAUGGAAGCAGCACAUAAUCUCUCUUUACCUAAGCAGUUGACGGAGUGGGUUGUCACAGACUUGAUAUACUGAGUUAGAUCUUAGCAUUUACUGCCAGGUUUAGUUGUAUCUAAAGAAUAACUGGAUCCAAUAAGUACAUGUGUAUAUACAUAUAUAGUACGUCGAUCCAAUAAAUACAUGUGUAUAUACAUAUAUAGUACGUCGAUCCAUGAGACAUGUCGAUGACACAUAACUGAUUAUUAAGACAAGUAUAUUGUAAUUUUUCUUUAUGUCCUCGUAAUCAGAGAUUUGGGGUAUAUAGUUUUUGGUUGGUCAAUCUGUCUGCAAAAACCUUAACUUUGCCCCUAACUUUCGAAUAGUUAGUUAUAGGGCUUUGUAUUCCUUGUGGUAAGACCUUUUUAUUGGUGCCAAAUUUGUUCACCUCAUGACCUUCACCUUGGAGUUUGACCUACUUUUGAAAAACUUAAUUUGGUAAUUUCUAUUGAACGAUUUGUGCUAGGGCUUUCAUAUGUCACAUUUAUAUUCCUAGUGACAAUUAAGACCUUUCUUUUUGUACCCAAAUUGCUUUGUUGUUAUGCGGGGGCAUCAUUUUUUCACAAACACAUCUGGUUUUCAUUUUUUUAAAAAUCAGUAUUGAUUAAAUGUUCAUGUGUUCAUGUUUUAUAAUCAAAGAGGAGAAUUUUUAUUUUAAAUUGAAAUGAAACUAUAUUAGUUAUUAAAGGUAAUGAAGAUUUAUCGUUGCAUUGCUAGUUUCAGUUUAGAGUUUACAUGUAGUAAUGUAUGUGUACAAAUACCAAUCUAAUUAAAAUCAGAUCCUCUCUGACCGGUACACUGGAGAAGCCGUCUCUAGGGUAACAGUCAGAGAAGAUCUGAUUUUAAUUAGAUUGUAUAAAGACCAUAUAGAUCUUUCAGAUCUCGUGAGUGUUUGCUAUUGUAAAAUGUAAUAAAAUUCUUUGUUUAUG